AUGACCAUUGGAAUCUGGAGGCACUUCAUACGCUGGAGCUUCCCUGAUCGUCUUUACCACUUACACAAAGACGCACCCGCCGUGAUCCUUAUCGAGAUCUCAGAAAUGGAAUCAGGUGAAUCAUACAAGAGCUGGAGAGGACCAGUUGGGCCUCGAAUGUUGGGUAUCGAUGAGGCGCGGCAGAUUUACACCAAUGGUUUUGCGAACUCGAGAAUUCUGGGCAAAAUCAUUCUACAUGAAGGAGUCCUAGAAGAUUCUCUGGCACUGAGCGCCGAGAAAGCUGAGAGGAACUCUCAUCAAGUAAGUGCCAUCUUCCAGACACCCGUUCUGGGCGAGACUGUUAAUUUCGAGGCCGGAGACGUCUUGUGGCUUCCACUCCCACUUCACCCCUCGCCCUAG